UUUUAUUAGCAAGAGCAAACAUGAUGUCUCACACGCUAAAAUUAUGAGCACCUUGCAAUGUUCAAAUCAGGUUGAACUGAAAACGUCACCUGGGUCCGGGCCAUUUCAAGAGUCUGCCUCCAAUCUUUUGCUGGUACCAACCAAAAAUUUGACUGAUUCAAAGUUAUAUAACCGCGACAACAAUAUUCCUCUAUCAAGUGAUUUCUCCACAAAUGGGAGGCAAGGUAGGCAUAAAACAGAAGGUUCUCUUAUGCAUUUUGACAACAUAAAGGAGACCUCUUCACAAAAACCUCAGAACGCUAGAUCUAAUCAUGCCAUCCAUGGAAAGGAUGAAGGUAUCCGUGGAUCUUCUGAGGAAACCAUGGUUGCUAUUCCUGCGAUACCUCUUGCGCUGUGCAUGCCUAUGAUGCAGAACUUGCCUAGAUCUUCUUCAGAUGGGCCAUACAGAUUGUUGACUGCACCUAUUCAAGCUGUUCCGAUUUCAUACCGUCCUGCAGAACCCAUCAGGCAACCACAAAAAGGAGUUUGUGCUUUAGGACCAUUUGCAGGUGUUCUCACUGAACCGAACAAGCGAGGAACAUGUCCGAACUCUCUGGUUCAUGCAACAGCUCUUGCUUGUGGUGCUCGUGUUGUUCCUCUUGAGGAGGCAGGUUUGCUUAUCAGUGCCGUUGAAUCGAAGAUCAGAUCUGGAGGGGCCAUAAUAGCAAAGCUGCCUUCAAGCAACCUGACAUUUCCAGUUCCUCCAGCUAUCGCCAUGUCAUCUUCCAGUGAAGAUGAGGAGAACGGCCACAGUGAGCCCCUGAUGGUGGAUAUCAAUCGCAACUGCCAUGAUCAGAGCUCUGACAAAAUGAAGCUCCAGGGCGAGCCAUCAGAGUUUGAAACUGAAGCUGACAACUGA